AUGGAAAAAGAUUUGCAGGGUGUCGAAUUGGGGCCGUCAUUUUUGGGGAUUCAAGAUGAUUUUAGGCAUGCCAAAUUUUUCGAUCAAUUUAUCGAAAAAUUCUCUCUACGAGAAAAAUCCCCCAAUUCUAAAACCCUAGGUCUUCGACAAAUUGAUCGACACUCGCCUCUUCACCGGCGGAGGUCUUCUUCCCCGGCAAGUUCGGAGAUCGGGACGACAUCGGGGCUGCAGAUGAGCGACAAGGCGGGCAUGAGUGGCUUCCUCCAACUGUCGACUGGUUCGUCGGCCAUGGCGGGGAGGAGUUGCGGCGCACGCCUGGUCGGGAUUCUUUCAGAGAGGACCGAAAUUGAAAUUUUGCCUACACGCACGUUCCCUCACGACAUAAAAUUUUUGGUAGAAACUAUAACUGCUGGAAGAAUAGACAAAAUCGCAAACGAUUCUGAACCUGAGAGCAGGCAUCAACUCAAGCUGCACCAAAUUAAACAAAAACACACCAAUAAUUAUAUAAGAGAAAAUAACGUCUACUGGUACACUUACGGGGUCAAGAAAGCUGGGUUCGGGGCCAUAAUCAGCGGUGAGGAGAAAAUACGAAGCUGUGACGGUGGCCACCAUUGUCGUCCUCCUCACAAGCUUGUCGGUUCUUGGGUCCAUUUUCGGAUUUCAAACAGCUUUUUCAGGAAGGAAUUAGCUGAUGGUCAGGGAGAACUGAGGACGGCGUUCAAGGGAGGAAACAGAAGAACAUCCCACUCAUCCAGGUCCUUCUAA